AUGAAAUUUUCUGGAAUUCUUCUAUUACUCGUCCUCUCCACGGUAAAUGCUUUACCACAUCCUGGAUAUCCAAUUGCUGAAUCAUACCCAAUUGCAUCAUAUCCAAUUGCCGAAAGAUCCGAUUGCCGAUACCCUGACUCCGAAUCAAAUACGAAACAAACUGCAUCAUAUCCAAUUGCCGAAAGGACCU